UUUAAAAAUCGAAAUAUUUUCGUUCGUAAAAGGUUCAUGUUUAUCUUAAUGAUAAAACUCUUAAGUUGUAACCGUUCAGCGCAGCUGAUAUAUUCAUUACUUUUUUGUGGAGCACCUAUUUCUAAUACUUGUGAACAAAACGAAAAGAACAAAAACUAAAGGUAUUAGGUGUCAGGAGGUUAUUUGCGUAUUUUGGAUCUAAAUAAACGUUGAUCGAUAAUUUACUAUAUUUCGUUUAAAACUCAUUUGAAUAAAAUUCUACAAUGGUGUCAAACGACGAAUUGGCUUGUGUAUAUUCUGCUCUUAUUUUGCAAGACGAUGAAAUAGCUAUUACUGUAACUAUUGCUUUACUAUUAGUAAUACAACUCAUGAACUCAAUUUGCAUUCUUUUUUUUCCAGCUUUGUUUGCGAAAGCACUUGAAGGAGUUGAUUUGAGACAACUUAUAUCUAAUGUAGGCUCUGGGGUGAGUGGUGGUGGAGGAGCAGUUGGAGUGACAACUGGAGGAUCAGCAGGUGCUGGUGAGGCAGCUGCAGCAGCAGAAGAACCCAAAAAAGAGGAAAAGAAAGAAGAGAGUGAAGAAUCUGAUGAAGAUAUGGGAUUUGGUUUAUUCGACUAAAGUUGGCCUCUACUAAACAGUUGUUUCCUCUCAGUAUUUUUUCUUUGUUUUAAGAUAUUAUUUCUCUCGUUAUAAUUUUGAGUUUGUUUCACUUCUAGUCUUGUUUUUGAAAUAAAUCUUGUUCUGAAUAUAA